AUGUCGAUCAAUUUAGGGCUAUCUAGAGUGAACAAACUAUUACAAGUUAUUGGAAACCCACAUCAGAGACUUAAGAUUAUUCAUGUUGCGGGUACAAAUGGUAAAGGCUCUGUCUGUUCUUAUUUAGCUUCUUUGUUAAGACACGAUAGUAUACCUUCUAGAUCUCCUAAAAUUGGUAAAUUCACUACACCGCAUAUGGUGCAUAUAACAGAUUCAAUUUGUGUAAAUGAUAAACCAAUACCUAUAAACACUUACAAGUCAAUCAGAACCCUACUGGAAGAGAAGAACAUGGAAUACGAAAUCAAAUGCUCAGAAUUUGAGUUGUUGACAUGUGCUGCUAUUAAAUUUUUUGAGGAUUCAUCGUGUAAUAUUUGUGUUUUUGAAGUUGGUUUAGGAGGGAGAUUAGAUGCAACUAAUAUUAUUCCAGGUUCAAACAAGCUUGCUUGUGGUAUUACAAAGAUUGGGCUAGACCAUGAAUCCAUUUUAGGAAGUACCUUAGCUGAAAUUGGGAGGGAAAAGGCAGGAAUUAUUACUGAUGGCGUGAAUCUUGUAGUUGUCGAUAGUUCAAACGAUCACACUGUUUUAAAUGAAAUUGAAAAAAGAUGUGAGAACACUGGCUCCCAGCUAUAUAAAACUGAAUUGCAUUCAGGUGGUUUAACAUUUAAAACAGAUUCCUGGGAUAUUAUAAAAUUAGAUACCUUACCAUUAAAUGGUCAUUAUCAAGCAUUUAAUUUUAGCGUAGCCCUUAAAAUUCUUGAUAAAUUACAAGUUCAGAAGAAAAUCUACAUUGAAAAAGAAUUCAUAACCCCAAAGUACUUGAACGAUGUGAAAUGGCCUGGUAGAUUACAAGAUUUAGAUUUUUGUUAUACUAUGGAUGAAACUAAUUCUCCUAAAACCGUACCAAUAUUACUAGAUGGUGCUCAUAAUGGAAGUGCAGCCAUCGAAUUAGAAAAAUAUCUGAGAGAGAAGUAUGAUGAUAACCAAUGCAUAAAUUUUGUUAUAGCGGUAACCGACGGCAAAAAGCUUGAACCUCUAUUAUCACCUCUUAUACGUCCACAAGAUAGCGUUUUAGUGACACAGUUUGAAAAUGUAGAUGGAAUGCCUUGGAUUAAACCUUAUGACCCAAAGGUAUUGGCAACUUUUAUUCAAGAAAACUACACGAAGAAUGUAAAAGUUGAUAGUUCCUUAACAUCUGUUGUUGCAAAUUUAGGGGAAAUGCAUAGUGGCAAUACAACACCAAUAGUAAUAUGUGGCUCAUUAUAUUUAUGUGGUCAACUUCUUAAUAUUAAUAAAACAAAUAAUCUCUAA